GUGGUGGUGGUGGUGGUGGUGGUGGUGGAGGUACGACGACGCCACGAGGGAUAUGGCAGAAGAGAGGGGGAGCUUACGAGGGGGGAGGCAACGACACUAUGACGGCGGCAACCUCAAACUGGCACGUUUCCCCUGUCAAAAGUUUGAGGAUGUUUCACGCGAACGUCUUCGAAGGACCGAACAGACACGUAGCCCGAACGACACUUUGGAUUCGGCUCCUCGUGAGCGCGCGAUGCCAUUAACAGAACUGCGCGUGGGUACGGAAGCAUAUAUCGUUCAAACGACGAACCAUAAUUUCUUGCUGGUUAACAGUGCCAACUUGCGGCGUCUCCUUGAAACAGAGAGUCUUCUUCGAUUUGACGCCAUCUAUGAAAGCGUUAAAAUUUUCGAAGUAUCUUUACCGAGCGUUUCUAUUUAGUUUCGUUCUUAUUGAUUUUAUCGACGUAAGAAGCGACAGACCGGCCUUGAUAUCGGACUAAGAUAUAAUAGCGAUUUAUGUUAGCGUUAAAAAAAAAAAAAAGGAAAAAAGUUUUAUAACAGUUCUACCGCAAGGUUAUGUUUUUGUACAUUGUUGUUUGUUUAUUUAUUCGAUUAUUACUGUGAUGAAUGUUUAAAACAAUCUUUUCAUUUCUGUGUAAGAAAACUUGUAAUAAAUUGUGAAAAAAUAUCUAUAAUACUUGAUAUACUUGUUAUAUGAUCAAUUAGAUCAUCAAAAGACUUUAAUAAUGGCAUAUGACAAAUCUAAAACUAGAAAACGGUACCCUCAAGUAGUAGGUACGAUGUUUUCUCGGACAACUAGACAGCUUAUUUUAUCUACUGGAAUACCUUUUUUGGAUCGCAAAAUAGGUGAGGGUCUACCUGUUGGAUCAUUAUUUUUAAUUGAGGAAGAUACUUAUGGAACUUAUGCUAAUAUGAUACAAAAGUAUUUUAUAGCUGAAGGAAUAGUUAUCCGUAAUCCUUUAUUAAUAGCUUCUCUAGAUACAAAACCUUCUGUUUUGCUUUCGCAAAUACCAAAUCCAACAAACUCUACAAAUGAUUAUAAAAUACAAGCGGCGGAUGAAAAAUUGAAAGUUGCAUGGAGAUAUAGGAAAACAACUUUAUUUGAUUUAUAUGGAACAUUUGGACAUGAGUAUGAUCUUAGAAUAUCAAUGAAUAAGCGAAUUAUUGAUAAGGCAAGAAUAACACAAUGGCAUGGACCUACAGAAAAGAUUAUAAAAAAUUAUAUUUUUGAAAAUCCUGCUUAUGAAGAUCUAUUAGAAACUAUUGCUAAAACUUUAAAGAAUGGAAUGUAUAUCCAUUCCGAUGGGCUAACUGAAACCAAUAUGUUGAGGAUUUGUAUUAAUUCUUUGGGUUCUCGAAUGUGGUUUUCUGAUUCCGAAGAGAGUACACGUGCAGACAUAUUUAAAUUUCUAUAUUGCUUGAGAGCUCUAUUAAAAAGUUCUUAUGCCACUGCAAUUAUAAGUAUUCCAAUUCAGAAUUUUGACAAUAGUGUUAAUUUCGUGGAAAGACUUGAGCACUUAUCGGAUAUUACUAUCAAAUUAGAAUCUUUUAAUGGUUCUGCGAAAGAAAUUAAUCCUCUUUUCAAAGAUUAUCAUGGUCUAUUACAUAUAAAAAAAAUGCCGAUCUUCAAAACAUUGUACCCUUAUGAACCUAAAACAACAGAUCUUGGCUUUAAAUUGCUAAGUAAAAAAUUUGUAAUAGAGGAACUUAAUCUACCACCUAUAUCAAAUAAUACCAUUGAACGUGAACAAGACGAAACAUCAGCUACUGGUAUUUGCUCAGCCGGUGGAAGGAAAAAUCUUUUAGAUUUUUGAUAUUUUCUUAUUAUACAUUUUCAAAUUUAAUCUUUUAUGUUUAUAACGAUUCGGUAAAAGUAUGAACUAUAUUCAAAAGAUUAUAAUCGAAUUCACACAAAUAUAUCUUCUCUUUAAUUUA